AUGUGGUUUUUAUUUAACGUUGCAUUAUUUUUAAUGACUAUUUUAUUGAUUUUGAUUAAGGAUGUGAAAAAACCUAAAAAAUUUCCGCCAGGUCCAAAAUGGAAACCGUUUGUCGGAUGUCAUUUCGAAAUUAAAAAUUUAAUUAAAAAAUUGGGAUAUCAUCAUUUGGCAUGGGAAGAAUUAUAUAAUAAAUAUGGACCCCUGGUAGGUUUAAGAUUGGGAAAAGACAGGAUAAUACUCGUUUCUGGACAAUCAAAUGUGAAAAAAGUUUUAUUGAACGAAGAUUUCGAUGCUAGACCCGAUGGAUUUUUUUUCAGAAUGAGAAGUUAUAAACAAAGAUUAGGUAUCGUUUUCGUCGAAGGUAUACAUUUUCAAGAACAGAAAAAAUUUUGCAUGAUGACAUUGAAAAAAUUCGGUCUGGGUAAAAAAAUUAUGGAAGAUAUAAUCAUGAAAGAAGCAAACGAAUUGGUCUUAUCGAUAAGGGAAAAAUCUAAAGGAAAUAAUAAUAUUUUUCAAAUGAAAAACAUUUUCGACAUUGCCGUACUAAACAGUUUGUGGGCACUAAUGGCAGGCACAUUCGAUUUAAACGACGAAAAUUUAAGCUACCUCAUGGAUUUGGUUCACGAGGCUUUCAGACUUCUCGACAUGUCCGGCGGAAUAUUAAAUCAAAUGCCUUUUCUCAGAUUCGUAGCCCCCGACGCGACAGGAUACAACAGAGUCCUUUACGUCAUCAAUAAAUUGGAAGAAUUUUUGAAAAAAACCAUUCACGAACAUAAGAAAAAUUUAAAUAACGAAUCAACGGAUUUGAUCGACAUGUUUUUAAACGAAAUGAAAAAUGGACAAACGAAUUGUGGAAAAAAUUCAAGCUUUUCAGAUAAACAAUUAAUCAUAUUAUUAUUGGAUUUAUUCAUGGCGGGAUCGGAAACGACGAGUAAUAAUCUUUCCAUGGCCAUGUUGUACAUGAUCAUGUAUCCGAAUAUUCAAGAUAAAGUUCACGAAAACAUUGACUCCGUCGUAACCGGAAACAGAUUGCCAAAUCUUCAAGAUAGACCUUUGUUGAAAUAUGUUGAAGCAGUUUUAUUCGAGGUACAAAGGCACGGUUCGGUCGUGCCUAUAUCCGUACCUCACAGAUCAACCAAAGACGUUUAUUUCGACGACUACAUAAUUCCAAAAGACACGAUGAUUUUGGUAAAUUUACGAAGCGUUCACAUGGACAAAAAUCGUUGGGGAGACCCGGAAAAUUUUCGUCCGGAAAGAUUUAUCGAUUCCGAUGGGCAAAUCGUACAAAACGAAUGGUUUAUACCCUUCGGACAAGGGAGGAGGAGAUGCCUCGGAAAAGGUUUGGCUCGUUCGAGUAUGUUUUUGCUCUUUUCGGCCAUUAUGAAAAAUUAUCAAAUUAUAAAAGUUGACAAUCAUCUGUCACUGACGCCUCAAGAUGGAGUCACUUUAUCUCCUGGACCCUUUAGAGCCAUCAUCAAACCGAGAUUUUCAACCCCCAAGAAUCCGUCUUAA